AUGCGGAGGAUGAAGCAGCGCGUGCUGCUCGCCUGGCCAUGGUUGUGGCUGUGGCUGUUCGCGGCCACAGCGGGUUCCCCGUCUUCCGACACCUUCGUAUCGACCACGUUCUCGUCAUCGGCCAGCAGCGGCAGCAUCAGCAGCAGCAGUUCGGUCACCAAGCCGUUCUCCCUGAUCAUUCCAACGUCAACGUCCUCCUCCGUCCAGGAGGAUCUAGCCUUCCCUCUUAACCAAGACUUUCGUUUCACCCAACCGCUCUACAAUGUCUCGAUCCCCGAGAACUCGAUCGGAAAGACGUACGUGGUCCCCGAGCAGAGGAUGGGCAUCAAGCUCGCUUCCCACGAUAUCAAUCUCGACGUACGAUUCCGCAUAAUGAGCGGCGAUCGGGACAAGUUCUUCAAAGCGGAGGAACGCACCGUCGGUGAUUUUUGUUUCCUAUUGAUUCGGACUCGAACCGGGAACGUCGAUGUGUUGAAUCGCGAGCGAAAGGAUCGUUACGUGCUCGAAGUACGCGCCAGCAUCAGCAACGGGAAUGGCAAGAGUAGAUCCUCGACCGUCCUCGAGGCGGACACGACCGUCGUCGUGACCGUUCUGGACACGAACGAUCUGAACCCCCUGUUCUAUCCCACCGAGUACGAGGCGACCAUAACGGAGGACACGCCUCUGCACCGCAACAUACUCAGGGUAAUAGCCGAAGACGCCGAUCUCGGCAGGAACGGCGAGAUUUAUUACAGCUUCGCCGAGGAGACCGAUCAGUUCGCCGUUCACCCGGUCAGUGGGGUAAUAACGCUCACCAGGCCGCUCAGGUACUCCGAACGAGCGACCCACGAGCUAAUGGUCCUGGCAAAGGAUCGCGGAGCUCUGUUCCGUAGCGGUGGUAGCAGCAGGCCCAGCACAGCUAAAGUCACGAUCAGAGUGAGACAAGUGAACCUCCACUCGCCCGAAAUCUACGUGCAUCACUUACCAGACAUCGUGGAACAUUCCAACGCCGAUAUAUACGCGAUCGUCAGGGUGGUCGACCAGGACGAAGGUGUGCACGGUCAAAUCGCAAGCUUGGACAUAGUCGGUGGCGAUCCCGCUGGUCAUUUCAGGGUGAGAUCAGCCGGCGGUUCUCAUUCCGGCGAAUACAACAUCGAGGUGUUGCACCUGCUGGACCGAGAGACAGCGGUGCAAGGGUACAAUUUAACGUUACGCGCGAUGGAUCGUGGCGUGCCGCAACGAUUCAGUUACAAAUUCGUGCCUGUCCAUCUGGCGGAUCUGAACGACAACGCGCCUGUCUUCAGCCGUGAGAUCUACGAGGUGAAGGUCCCGGAGACCGCUCCCAUAAACACGCCGGUGAUCAGACUGAAAGUGACGGACGCGGACGAGGGAAGGAACGCGUUGGUGUUCCUGGAGAUCGUGGGCGGCAACGAGGGUGGCGAGUUCUACGUGAACGCCGAGACGGGCGUGCUGUACACAUCGGCGAGCCUGGACGCGGAGAAGAAAGCGUUUUACACGUUGACGGUGUCCGCCGUCGAUCAAGGAAACGCCGGGACGAGGAAGCAGUCGUCCGCCAAGGUGAAGAUCAACGUGGUCGACACGAACGACAACGAUCCGACGUUCGAGCAGUCCGAGAUGGAGGUGUGGAUCGACGAGAACGAACCAGCCGGCACCUCGGUGGUCAAGAUCACCGCGAAGGAUCGUGACUCCGGGGAGAACGCUUACAUCUCGUACAGUAUCGACAAUAUCCAAAAGGUGCCAUUCGAGAUCGAUCAUUUCUCCGGGAUCGUAAGGACCAGACAGGUGCUCGAUUACGAGACCAUGAAGAGGGAGUACCUGCUGCACGUGCGAGUCAGCGAUUGGGGUCUGCCGUAUCGGCGACAGGCCGAGAUGCAGCUACACGUGAAGGUGCGGGACGUGAACGAUAACAGACCCCAGUUCGAGAGGAUCGAAUGCACCGGCCACGUGCCGCGUUACCUGCCGAUCGGCUCGGAAGUCAUCACCGUGUCGGCCAUCGAUUUCGACGCGGGCAACACCAUCAGUUAUCGCAUUGUCUCUGGGAACGAGGACGGUUGCUUCGCUUUGGACUCGGCCAGCGGGGUCUUAUCCGUAGCCUGUGAUCUAUCGGACGUGAAGUCCACCGAGAGGAUGGUGAACGUUACCGCCACGGACGACACACAUUUCGCGGACGUGAAUCCUGUACACAUGCAUCUGGUGAACGCGAAGAGGAACCUAGGUUCCCCAGGUAGAAUUCUAUCCGAUCAAGGUGGCGCGUUCGAGUGUCGCGACACGGGAGUCGCGAGAAGGUUGACGGAGGCGAUGGCAUCCGCGGAGAGGAAUAAUAUACCGUCGAAGGACGACGAGUACACGUUAACGCCAAGCAGGUACGGAGAGAACAUACAUACACCAGAGUUCAUCGAUUUCCCCAGCGAAAUCAAAGUGAACGAGUCCGCGAAGGUCGGAACGACGCUGGUCAGGAUACGCGCAAGGGAUAGGGAUCUGGACUACAACGGGAAACUGGUGUUCUGUAUAUCGGGCGGCGAUCGGGAUUCCGUGUUCGGUGUCGAUCCAGAUACCGGUGAUCUGAACGUGAUCGGUUACCUGGACCGAGAACGGGAGAGCGAGUAUUUCCUGAACAUCAGCGUCUAUGAUUUAGGCAGGCCACAGAAGUCCUCGUCCCGUAUGCUACCGGUCACGAUUCUCGACGUGAACGACAACGCCCCGAAAUUCGAGAGGUCCCUGGCGAGCUUCCGGAUCUCGGAGACCGCGUUGAACGGUACGAACGUGUGGCGUGCGAACGCGACCGACGCCGAUCUAGGGGAGAACGCGCGUGUCACGUAUUCCCUGGUGACCGAGACGAACGAUUUCCGCGUGGACCCGGUGACCGGUGUUCUGAGCGUGUUCGGGAGAUUGGACCGGGAACGACAGGAGAUCUACGAGCUUAGAAUACGGGCGCAAGAUAACGGCGGCAAAGGAAGCGACACGCCGCCAUUGUACUCGGACGCUUUGGUACGUGUCACGGUUGACGACGUCAACGACAACGCGCCUGUCUUCGCGUUAUCCAGUUACACCGUGAAGAUCCGCGAGGACGUGCCCGUCUGGACGGUGGUCGCAGUUGUGGACGCGACCGACCCAGACGAAGGGGCAGGCGGCGAUAUCGAGUACUUCCUGUCCGAUGCAAUGGAGAGCGAGGGUUACUUCAAAGUCGAUAAAGUCUCCGGAACGAUCAGGACCACCCAGAGCUUGGACUUCGAAAUGGUUAUAAUCGAGGUCGUCGACGUGAACGAGAAUCUACAUCCGCCGGUGUUCGACGACUUCGUCGUGUCCGCGAGUGUGUUUGAAAAUCAACCGGUCGGGACACUAGUGACGACUGUUCGUGCCAAGGAUGCGGAUCCGCUUGGUGGUGACUCGAGGAUUGGAUACACCAUUCGGGACGGCGACGGGAUUGGGAUAUUCUCCAUCGAUAAUGAAGCAAUGUUGACGCCGAACGGUAUUCAACGACGUUCACCGGAAAACAUCUCGGCGAGGCUAUAA